CAGCAAACCUGGAUGAAGACGAUAUAAAAACACGGAGGUUGCUGCUAUUCCUCAGUCGGACAGUCGGCGGCGAGCAGACAAGACAAACCGUCAGUCAACAUGGCCGACAUCGCCACGCAGUCAAAAUGCGACAUCAACUUCCUGGGCAGGUCUGGUCUGCGGGUGUCCAACAUUUGUCUCGGGGCCAUGACAUUUGGAGAACACGUUUUCGGAACACCAGGACAGCUGGACGAACAGGGUGCACAUGCACUCAUGGAUCGCUACGUACAAUGGGGAGGCAACUUCAUCGACACAGCCGACAUCUAUGGUCGCGGCAAGUCGGAGACGAUUGUCGGUUCUUGGCUGGCAAAACAGAAGCGUGAAGAUGUUGUCGUUGCGACCAAAGUGCGCAUGCCCAUAGAUGUCACGUGUCCUAAUAGUGGAGGGCUGAGUCGUCGUCACAUCACUGCGUCUAUCGAAGGCAGCCUCCGCCGACUGCAGACUGACUACGUGGACCUGUAUCAGAUCCAUUGUUGGGAUGAUGGCGCACCGCUGGAGGAGACCCUGAGUGCGCUGAGUGACUUGGUCAGGUGUGGCAAGGUGCGCUACCUGGGGGCCAGCAAUGUCAACGGCUGGCAGCUGCAGAAGAUCGUGGACCUGUCGCGAGAAAUGGACCUCUCACCUUUUAUCUCUCUACAGCAACAGUACAGCCUCAUUAGCCGCCUGUCAGAGUUGGAGCCAUUUCAGGUGUGUAGGGCUAAUGGUAUUGGAGUUCUUCCUUGGAGUCCACUCAAGGCCGGUUUCCUGGCUGGCAAGAUCAAGAAGGGGGAUAUGCCCACGGAGGGUCGCUUGCAGUACUCGGCUGGUGACACUGAGAAUAAGCUUUCACCGUCACAUCCAUCCUGGGAAAAACUGAACAAAGAGCAACACUGGCGCAUACUGGAAACUGUAGAGAAGAUCGCGCAGACCAGGGGAAAGACGAUGGCGCAGGUGUCGCUGCGGUGGCUCGUGCAGAAGUCAGUUGUCUCUUCGGUCAUCAUCGGGGCCACCAAGAUGACGCAGCUGGAUGACAACAUGGCCGCCGCUAGUGGCUGGCAGCUGAGCGAAGAGGAGAUGUCGCAGCUGGACGAAGUGUCCAAACCGGAGUUGGAAUACCCUUAUGACGUCAUCUGGCGGGCCAACAAAACCCGAGUUAACCCCUGGAACCCUGCAGUUUAUGUUUGAACUCAUUGCCUUACACUGGUGGACUCAAACCCUCACGAUAAUCUAAUAUACAAGUCCAGCUUUUCUUACACAAUUCUUAUGUCAAUGCUACAUUUAUUAAGGAAAAUACCGAUUCAA